GUAAGUCUUCACUGUCUGGAAUUCUCUCGUUUUCUUCGCAGGCAGUAUUCUGCCCACUGGCCCACCACCUCAGGGGAACGAUGGCCACAGAGUCUACAGCCACUGCUGCCAUCGCCGCGGAGCUGGUUUCCGCUGACAAUAUUGAAGAUGCUCCUGCUCCUUCUACCUCUGCAGAUAAAAUGGAGAGUCUGGAUGUGGAUAGUGAAGCUAAGAAACUACUUGGAUUAGGACAGAAACAUCUGGUGAUGGGUGAUAUUCCAGCAGCUGUUAAUGCAUUCCAGGAAGCAGCUAGUCUUUUAGGUAAGAAGUAUGGAGAAACUGCUAAUGAAUGUGGAGAAGCCUUCUUUUUUUAUGGGAAGUCACUUCUGGAGUUGGCCAGAAUGGAGAAUGGAGUGUUGGGAAAUGCCUUAGAAGGAGUGCAUGUAGAAGAGGAAGAAGGAGAAAAAACAGAAGAUGAAUCUUUGGUAGAAAAUAAUGAUAAUGUAGAUGAGGAAGCAAGGGAAGAGUUGAGAGAACAGGUUUAUGACGCCAUGGGAGAAAAAGAAGCCAAAAAAGCAGAAGGCAAGUCUCUGACAAAGCCUGAAACUGAUAAAGAACAGGAAAGUGAAGUGGAGAAGGGUGGAAGAGAAGAUAUGGAUAUAAGUGAGCCUGCAGAGAAGCUCCAGGAAAAAAUUGAAUCGACUUCAAAGCAGUUAACUGAAUCCUCUGAAGAGGCAAAAGAAGCAGCAAUACCAGGACUGAAUGAAGAUGAGGUCACUUCUGGGAAGACAGAACAGGAAUCACUGUGUACUGAGGAAGGAAAAUCAAUUUCUGGAGCUUAUGUUCAAAAUAAAGAAUUCAAAGAAACAGUGCCUCAGGAGGAGGGAGAGGAAAUAAUAAGCUUAGAGAAAAAGCCAAAAGAAACUUCAGAAGAUCAGCCUGUUGAGGCUCCAGAAAAGCAGGGCACUUUAAUGAAGGUGGUAGAAAUAGAAGCUGAAAUAGACCCUGAAGUCGAGUCAGUGGACGUGGGUGGGGAGGACCCAAAGGAUCAAGUAGCUACCUCUGAGAGUGAACUAGGAAAGGCUGUUCUUGCGCAACUGUCAGGGCAGGAUGUUGAAAUAUCACCAGUAGUGGCUGCAGGGGCUGGAUCAGAAGUCUCUGAGAAGCCAGGGCAGGAGAUUACAGUUCUUCCCAACAAUGGUCCAGUUGUUGGACAAUCAACUGCAGGAGAUCAGACUCCUAGUGAACCACAGACUUCUGCAGAAAGACUGACAGAAACUAAAGAUGGCUCAAGUGUAGAGGAGGUCAAGGCAGAGCUGGUUCCUGAACAGGAGGAAGUUAUGCUACCUGUAGAAGAAUCUGAGGCAGCUGGAGAUGGGGUUGAGACCAAGGUAGCCCAGAGGGCCACGGAGAAAGCACCUGAAGACAAAUUUAAGAUAGCUGCUAAUGAAGAGACACAAGAGAGAGACGAACAGAUGAAAGAGGGUGAAGAAACUGAAGGCUCAGAGGAAGAAGACAAAGAAAAUGACAAGGCUGAAGAAACACCAAAUGAGUCAGUUCUUGAAAAAAAAUCUCUUCAAGAAAAUGAAGAGGAGGAGAUUGGGAAUUUAGAACUUGCCUGGGAUAUGCUGGAUUUAGCCAAGAUCAUUUUUAAGAGGCAAGAAACAAAAGAAGCCCAGCUUUAUGCUGCACAAGCCCAUCUUAAACUUGGAGAAGUUAGUGUUGAAUCUGAGAAUUAUAUCCAAGCUGUGGAGGAGUUUCAGGCUUGCCUAAGCCUGCAAGAACAAUAUUUGGAAGCUCACGAUCGUCUCCUUGCAGAGACUCACUAUCAAUUGGGUUUGGCCUAUGGUUACAACUCUCAGUAUGAUGAGGCAGUAGCACAGUUUGGUAAAUCUAUUGAAGUCAUUGAGAAGAGAAUGGCUGUACUGCAUGAGCAGAUGAAGGAGGCUGAAGGAUCAUUUACUGAAUAUGAAAAAGAAAUUGAAGAGCUGAAAGAACUGCUACCUGAAAUUCGAGAGAAGAUAGAAGAUGCAAAGGAAUCUCAGCGGAGUGGGAAUGUAGCUGAACUGGCCCUGAAAGCUACUUUGGUGGAGAGCUCUACUUCAGGUUUCACUCCUAGUGGAGCCGGUGCCUCAGUAUCCAUGAUUGCCAGUAGAAAACCAACAGAUGGCGCUUCCUCAUCAAAUUGUGUGACAGAUAUUUCCCAUCUUGUCAGAAAGAAGAGGAAACCAGAGGAAGAAAGUCCCCGGAAAGAUGAUGCAAAGAAAGCUAAACAAGAGCCAGAAGUGAAUGGAGGCAGUGGGGAUGCUGUCUCCAGUGGAAAUGAAGUUUCAGAAAACAUGGAAGCUGAGGCUGAGAAUCAGGCUGAGAGCCAGACAACAGCAGAGGGGACAGUGGAGUCUGCAGCUACAGUUAAAAGCACUGCAUGUUAAGAGGCGAGCAGAACCUUCCUCCUGAGAGAAAGUGGUUUUGUACAUAAUGUAUUUUUUCACUUUUGGGGAUUCUUUUUGUAUAACUCCAAUAAAGAUUGUAGGCAACAGCUGAGGCUUUGAUGGCUUUUUUCUUAAAUAUUGGUGGAAUGCUUUGGGGGCACUCUACAUUUCUUGUGUGUACAUGUUUGUGUUUUGUUAUUGUACAACCUACUUCCUGUCUAAUGUGGAGGUGAUCAAGUGUGGCUAGAGGCCCUUCAUCUUCUACUGGUGCUAUGUUUCUAUUUCCAAAUACUUGGCUGAUUUAAUUAUCUUGUAAGCUUUCAGUGGUGCUGUCCUGGAUGGGUUUGCUAAACAAGAACUGGUAGAAAUCAGUUUGGUGCUGAAAAUGGAUGAUGGAAUAUGACCCAGGUCUUGGUUUGUGCCUAUCUUCUGUUCACCUGGUUUCCAUUUAAGACCAUAAUCCUAUCCUGGGAAAACUGGUAGAAACAUGGGAAGUGAUUCCUGAGGAAAACAGUUGUUAGAGAUUCACUCUGAUUUCGAAGGCUCACACUGUAGUGGGAGACAAGUAGAAGACUCUGGAAAAGAAAGUCUGUUAUGUUAUUUUCUGUAUACAAAGAUUACAGUAUGUCAAGUGGAAUUGUUAUAUUGUCUGUAGUUUUGUCUAUAAAAAUAAAUAUGAUAAUUUUAACAAA